UGUGUGUGUUUGCGUGUGCUAUUUUGGUGGUAAUUGUGUGUGUGUAUUGUGUUGUGUAUUAUUGGUGGUGGAUUUAUGUUUGCACUUGGAAUUAUCGACGACAACGGGCAAUAAAUAUAAAAACAAAAAAUUCGAACAAAUCAUCAUCAUCAUCAUCAUCAUCAUUACUAUCGAUUAAUUCGUUCAUCACAAAUUCAAAUUCAUCUUCAUCAUGCCUUUCAUACCGAUUAUUAAUCAGGAUACGGAAGAAUUAUGGAAACGUUUCAACGAAAAAAUCGAAGAACCAAAAAGUCAACGUCGUAUUAUAUUGUUUAUAGUAUGUGUGGCAUUAUUAUUGGACAAUAUGCUUUAUAUGGUUAUUGUACCGAUUAUACCGGAUUAUCUACGAGAGAUUGGUGCAUGGGAAACACAUGUAGAAAAUGCCGAAAUUGAAUAUCGUAAUAUAUCGAAUAAAUUCGUUCCAUUUCGUAUUGGUGGUACUACAGUUUAUGAAGGUGAAGAUUCAGCCGUCGGUAUGUUGUUUGCAUCGAAAGCAAUAGUCCAAUUAUUUGUCAAUCCAUUCUCUGGUGCUAUAAUCGAUCGUAUCGGUUAUGAUAUACCGAUGAUGAUCGGUCUUGGUGUUAUGUUCUUUUCGACCGCUGUGUUCGCUUGUGGCCAAAGUUAUGGUGUAUUAUUUUUGGCACGAUCAUUACAAGGUGUUGGUUCAGCAUUUGCCGAUACAUCUGGUUUGGCUAUGAUUGCUGAUCGUUUUACGGAAGAAAAUGAACGACAACGUGCAUUGGCUAUAGCGUUGGCAUUCAUAUCGUUCGGUAGUUUAGUAGCACCACCAUUUGGUGGUAUUCUUUAUCAGAUUGCUGGUAAAGAAGUACCAUUCAUCAUAUUAUCAUUAGUAUGUUUGAUUGAUGCAUUUCUAUUGAAAUUUGUGAUGCAACCGACCAAAGAAAUACAACAAGAAUGUUCAUCAGUAGAAAAACCGGCCGGUACACCCAUACAUACAUUACUUAUGGAUCCAUAUAUUUGUUGUUGUGCCGGUGCAUUAAUUAUGGCAAAUGUAUCAUUAGCAUUUCUUGAACCAACAAUAUCAUUGUGGAUGGAAGAUACGAUGCAUGUUGAAGAAUGGCAAAUGGGUCUAGUAUGGUUACCAGCAUUUUUUCCACAUGUAUUGGGCGUCUAUUCAACCGUUACAUUAGUGGAAAAAUAUCCACGUUAUCAAUGGUUUUUUGCCGCAUUCGGCCUUGCCCUUGAAGGCAUCUGUAGUUUUAUAUUACCAUUCUCAAAAUCAUUCUGGUUUCUAAUAUUACCAAUAUCCGGUAUCUGUUAUGGUAUAGCAUUGGUCGAUACAUCAUUAUUGCCUGCACUUGGUUAUUUAGUCGAUUUACGUUAUGUUUCAGUUUAUGGUUCAAUAUAUGCUAUUGCCGAUAUAAGCUAUUCAGUUGCAUAUGCAAUUGGUCCAAUUAUUGCUGGUUCAAUCGUUGAAUCGAUUGGUUUCACUGCAUUAAAUGUUUGUAUUGCAUUAUCCAAUCUAUUAUAUGUACCAGUAUUGGCUUCAUUACGUCAUGUUUAUGAUUAUGAACAAUUUGAACCGGAAAAUAUUGGUAUGACUGAACAGACGAUACCGUCACAACGACCAUAUGGACAACAAUCGGGACAACGUUUAAUAAUGACUGGACAAUCACAACAACAACAACAACAACAACGACAACAACAGCAAUCUUCUUAUGUUACAUUUAACAAUAACAAUUAUUCUUCA